AUGAUUGCUAGCAACGGCUGGGCAAGCGCGGCGGCCGCUGCAAUCUUCGUGUUUCUUUCUUAUCGGUACCUCGUCUAUCCUGCCCUGCUUUCGCCCCUCUCCCGGAUCCCCAGUGCGCAUUGGUCCGCACCCUUCUCUCGCCUCUGGAUUCUAUGGAUCCGCUUCGCACGCCGGGAGAACAGGACGCUCCUCAGUGCUCACCGCCGGCUUGGGCCUGUCGUGCGCGUUGGCCCUUAUGAGCUGAGCAUCAAUGACACUGACAGCGUCCGCACUGUCUACCAGGGCGGCUUUGAGAAGCCCGCUUGGUACUCGGUGUUUGACAACUAUGGCGUCCCCUGCAUGUUCUCGGCCCGUCCCGCAGCUGAGCAUUCUGCACGCAAGCGGCUAAUAUCCCGCGUGUACUCCAAAUCGUACAUCCAAUCGUGCGCCGCCGCAUCGGCCCAGGGCCGGGCGAUUCUCUAUGAAAGACUGCUACCAAUCCUGAAGGAUUCGGUGGCCGAAGCCGAGGCGCCCCAUGGGAUUGACGUCUUCUCCAUCUUCAUGGCGGCAACCAUGGAUUUCAUCGCGUCGUACAUCUUUGGCCUCGGCAAUGGUACCGACUUCUUGGGCGACAAGGCAUACCGGGAGCAUUUUCUUGAGCUGUACAGGGCCCGUAACGAUUACGGGUACUACGAUCAGGAAAUGCCCCGGCUCACCCGGUUCUGCCGGAGGAUCGGCAUCCCGUUGUGUCCGAGAUGGGUGGAUGGCGCUAAUCAGGAGUUGGGGGCCUGGUGUCGGGGCCUUUGUGACAAGAUGGAGCAGCUCCGGCACGCUGGAGUUCGGCCUAUCCCAGGUACCCCUGAUGAACCAGUUGUCUGGAGCGCGGUGGCGGAUGGCUUGGCAAACGAGCAAGCGAAAAACGGGCGGGCCUCCGUCCUGUACUCCACCGCGCUCUCUAAUGUCCAGCUAUCUGUUGCUUCCGAGCUCUUCGACCACGUGCUGGCCGGCCAGGAGACCGCCGGCUUGGCCCUGACCUACCUGACAUGGCGGCUGUCCCAGUCGCUAGAUCUGCAGAACCGGCUCCGAGCAGAGCUCCUUACCCUUCGUCCCAACAUGCAACUGGCUAGAGAUGGGACACCAUCGAUGCCGGAUCUCAAGCAACUGGACAGUCUUCCGCUGCUUCAUGCCGUCCUCAUGGAGACCCUCCGCCUUCACGCACCGAUACCGGGGCCCCAACCCCGGCAAACUCCGGAGGCGGGCUGCCAUAUCGGCUCCUACCACGUGCCCGGCGGUGUCAGGAUAGCCGCCCUGGCGUAUACACUGCACCGCGACGAAUCUAUCUUCCCGGAGCCGGAGAAAUGGGACCCUGAUCGGUGGCUGCCCUCCCGUACUGACCCAGAGGACCUGAGGCGGCGGAACCAGCAGUUCUGGGCCUUCAGCUCCGGGGGCAGGAUGUGCAUUGGAUCUAAUUUCGCCAUGCACGAGAUGAAGCUGAUCAUUACUGCCAUUUACUCGAACUACACGAGCCACAUUGUCGACGACGAAGGCCUGGAGGCCCAGUCGGAUGGCUACACUGGCAGACCCGGCAGAGAGCGCUUGUUCCUCCGUUUUGAGAAUGUGGUCUGA